AUGGAGGACAUGGUGCAGAGCGAGGGCGGCACGCUUUACGAGCUUGUCCCUGCGGAGCUGGAGAAUGGCGCAAUGGAGGAAGAUGCGCGGCGAAAGGUGGCAAAGGACAAUGUGGCAGAGCUGCUAGGGGACCAGUUCGAGCCAGACAUCAUCGACGAAGUGCGCGAGUUCAGCGCGCCCCCCUGGGAGGCCUCUGACGAGUCUCUGGACCCAAUAGAGGACCUGGAGGACUACGCGCUGCAUGAAUUCCGCAUGCCGCCACCAGAGUACAAGGCAGUGCAGGACGCAGCCCAGCAGGAGCUGGCAGAGCUGGAUCAGCUGAGGGGGCCUGCUGACCCCAAGCUGGCGGCCCGCGUGGCGCAGCGCCGCGCGCUGGUGCAGGGCCGCACCGCCCAGGACGUAGCCUGGCUCAAGACCAAGGCCUACCACAGGGCCAUGCGCAUCCUACGGCAGCGGCGGCUUGAGAGGGAGGACGCGUCUGCAGCGCCGGAGGACGGCGAGGCCGCUGAUGUGGCGGCGCCGGGGUCGCGGGCGGCGCGGCUGGCGGCCAAGGGGGCGCCGCUCGACGUGGUGCCCGCGGCGCUGAUCGACCUGACGCCGGCCGACGCGGCGGCGCGCGCAGCGGCGGAGGCGGAGGCCGCGGCGCGCGAGGCGGCGGCGGGCGAUCCGAGGGCGGAGGCGGCGUAUGCGCGCGCGGCGGCGGAGCUGGACAGCGGCAGCGGCAACGAGGACGGCUCGGAGGCUGGCGGUCCGUGGUGGUUGCAGCAGCACGAGGAGCAGCGGCAGCAGCCGCGGCAGCAGCAGCAGCGGGGUGGCGGAUUCGAUGCCUCAUGGCUGUCGCCAGACCUGCGUAAGCACCCGCUGGUGCUGGGCACGCUUGCGGCGGCGCUGAGCUCUGCGCUGGGCGCCGACGUGAGCCCGCCAACCAGCAGCCCCGCGGCCGUCGCCGCCGCCGACCGCGCCUCAGCCCAGCUUGCCCUGGCGCACGCCGGCGGCCCGGGCGCGGUGCGGCGGGCGUUGGCGGCGGUGGAGGCGGCGGCGACGGCCGCGGUGCCGGAGGUGGCGCGCGCGGCAUGGGUCCAGGAGGCGCGCGAGGCGGCAGCGGAGCGCGCCCCCCAGGUGGUGGAGUAUACUGAGGAGCACACGCAGCGUCUGGCGCGGGCCAAGGCGCUGCAGCGUUACCGCGCCGCGCGCUCCGGCGCGUUCUGGCUCGCGCUGCUGGGCUCGGCCGGGCUGGGCGUGUACCGCUGGCUGCGCGACCGCCGGCGCGCGGCGCGGCGCGCGGCGGCGGCGGCGGCGGCGCGCGCGGAGCGGCGCGCGGGGGCUCGCGCCGGGGCUGGCGGGUCGCGGGGCACGUCUGUUGCGGGUUCGCGCGCUGGGCGCGCCUCAUCGGUGGCCAGCAGCGAUGCUGUGAUGCCGGUGGUGCUGGAGGGCUGA